GGCGCUGUGGUCCCUCCCAGUCCGGGAUGUUGUUACACAAGCCCGGAGCAGGCUGGGACAGACGGACAGGCAGCAGUGGUUAGCUGUACGGCGCUGCAUUGCUCGGGAGCCAUGUGGUUACAGGCUUUGGGGUUCACUGGCCUGCCCCAUUUGGGGGGUCUGGUUGGCGCACUUUUCACCCGGAAAGCGGUGCCCACCUGGUACGAGACUCUGAAAAAGCCGUCCUGGCGCCCCCCAAACAAGGCAUUCCCUGUGGUGUGGACGGCGCUGUACACGGGCAUGGGGUACGGCUCUUACCUGGUGUGGCGAGACCUGGGCGGCUUCACUGAAGAUGCUCUGGUUCCGCUCGGCCUGUAUGGGGCACAGCUCGCAUUGAACUGGGCCUGGACGCCCAUCUUCUUCGGGGCACACAAACUGAAGCUGGCCCUGAUCGAGGUCGUGCUGCUGACGGGC